AUGUACUGCCUUGAUCUAGAGAUACCCACUCACCUCGAAAGGAUUGUUUUUCGUAUCAAGGACUCGGCCCUCACAAAACUGCUACCAAACCUCCUGGAUACCAUCAAGAAUCAAUGGAAUCAAUCCACCAGCAACAAGAUCAAGAAUGAAGAUAACGAAGCUGAAGGACUCAUGACUGUGAGCGCAGUGGGAGAUGAUACGAAGAUCAAGGUAGAUGAGAUGGAGCAAACAAAAAUCAAAGUAGAGGUGGAGGAAAGCAACACUUCCAUGGAUUCUCCAGUUUACCCAUGCCAUCUGCUUACUAGGCGUUAUGGAAAUCCAAUCCAGGACUCACUCGACCCAUUUAGGCCAUGGCACUAUUCAGUUCAACCUUUUUACCACUCAGAAGUAGCGAUGGAGGUGGCUAAAAAAUGGGCCCUCUAUCAACAGAUCCAUCAUGAAAUGUACGACGAACUUCAAUUUUAUUCCAAGUCACUGUUGUGA